AUAACUAAAAUAGAUCCGUUAGUAGAUCUGUAUGGACGACAAAACAUUGAAUUGAAUCACUUAUGACGUCACUUCUGUUCAGUUUUAAGCAAUUUAUGCAUGUAAAUCAAUCUAUUUAUGCAGUUUUAUUCGCAAGUAUAUAAGAUGAAUAAAUAUUUUAUAUGGUGAGAAAACAAUGAGGUACCUAAUUCAAUGCGGACACAAACAGUUCCUUCCAUACCUGAAGGUCCUCUGCACAAACAGGUAUUGUACUGAAGUGAAACCUGAAACAAAAUCUAAUCCAACAUUAUGGAGAAAACCUUGGGCUCACAAAGAGGGAGAAUGGUUCAGCAUGUUUCGUUUAUUUGCCCCUGAGAAAGGUGGAAGUCUUGAGGUAAUAAGGAUAUUACAGAAUAAUAUUAACUUUAGUCCGCAAGCAAUUCAAAAGUGGAUAAAAAAGACCAAGAGAGAAGCCAGUAUUUUGGAUAUGAAGUAUAUACCUGAACGUCAUGAUAUACUGGGUAGCAAUCUAGCAGCUGCUCAUUUCUUAGUUCAUAGAGGUGCAGCAAUUAGAUUUGUAGGCUCCACAGAAUGGAUAAAACGACAAGGAGAUGAAUAUGAUCUUCCAAACAAAUAUAAUCCUGACUACUUAGUAGAAGCUAUUGAUAUUUUAGACAUGAAACUUUAUUAUGAAGGUUUCCAGAACAUGACUAAUCUAAGUAGUCUACAGUGGCUGAGUCUACAAAACUGUGUUGAAGUUGAUGACUGGUUUUUGGACAAAAUCAGCUGUGAAUACCAAUCCUCUUUGGAAUAUUUAGACAUUGGCAACUGUGUGCAGGUAUCACACCGAGGGAUUAGUGCACUGUAUCGAAUGAGCAAGCUCCGUACACUCAAGGUGCACAAUAUUGCAAACAGCCAGAUGUUUCAACUUGCUUGCUUAAUGCUAGAAGACAUUCACCCCCAGCUGAAUAUUGAAGGUGUUACAUAUUUAGAUUCAGAAAAUCAGUCUGUAUGAUUUUAUAUACUGAGCAGUUUGUGCUGUAGUAAAUGCAGUUGUAAAGUUGUAUUUCUUCAAAGAUAAAAAUAAAUUUGAAUUGGAAAUAUAUGGUACUUAAUAAUGCUGA